CCAAGUGACAACCGCGCGGUGAGAGGGAGAGGGGAUGUGGUAUAUAAGAUGCACACACGGCCGUCCAUGAUCUCCCCCGCCACUCCAUACACAGGACGCACCCACAGGACUUACUGGCCGGCUAGCAUUCAGUCGCUUCUCCCCAUCGGUCAUUCGGUCCAUCGGUCCAUCGGUCAAUCGGUCGUUUGUUUGUUUGUUUAUCGACACACACCCCUCACAUUUACGACCUCAUAAUGUUUUCCACACUACGAUGGACCAUCUCGGUCCUGGUGCUCAGCCUGCUGCUCGUCCAGAUCGUCAGCGCAUGUCCGGGCCAGACGGGCGAGUACGUAAACGGCCGCGCUCCGAACGAUGGCAACCACCACAAGGCCAAAAGGGCCGUCACUGUCAGACGGGAUCUCCACUUUCCAGAUACAAAUAGCGGGAAGGGCAUCAAUAGGGGCGACCGCGUGCAGAACAGGGUGUGCAAGAAGUGGUACGGCAUUCGUGAUCAUAUACUCAGGGAGGUCUUUCACGGCGAGUGUGGCGACAGCGCGCGUGCAGCAGUCAGGCUCGCAUUCCACGAUGCCGGCACGUUCUCGCUGAAGCUCAAGCGACAAGGCAGGCGCAAUGGCGGCGCCGACGGCUCCAUGCUCGUCGAUCCCGACGAGAUCGAUCGGCCCGACAACGCCGGCCUGCAGGACAUCGUUGCGCAGCUAAGGCCGCUCGCGAGUCAGUUCGGCGUGUCGAACGCGGAUAUCCUCCACGUCUCCGGCAUCCUCGGUGUGAUCAUCUGUCCCGGCGGCCCACCGAUCGAGACGUACGUCGGCCGCCGCGACGCGCGCAACAAGAACCCCACGGGCCUGCUCCCGGACGUCAACGACUCCGUCGAGAAGAUGGUCGCGCGCUUCGCUGACAUGGGCAUCAGCGUGCGCCACCUCAUGGCGCUCAUUGGCGCUCACUCGACCGCCACCCAGCGCUUUGUCGACCCCUCGCAAGCGGGCUUCUCGCAGGACUCUACGCCCGAUAUCUGGGACGUCAAGUUCUACGGCGAAACCCUCAACGACACGACGCCCGACGGGGUAUUCAAGUUCGCCUCCGACGUAGCAUUCGCGCACCACCCGGUGACGCGUCGCGAUUUCGAGCGCUUCGUCGACGACCAAGACGACUGGGACGAGGACUACGCCGUCGCCCACGAGCAGAUGAGUCUUCUCGGCGUGGACCGCAGUCGGCUCACGCGGUGCACGGAGAUCCUGCCGCCAAAGAUCGAUCUGGGACCCCUGUUUGUUGAUCGCGAUGAGGGGAUGAGUAGCGAUGAGGAUGGUGAUCCGGAGGAUUUGGCCGGUGCUGAGCCGGAUGAUGGGUAUACCCUUAGAGUGGAUCGUACCAGGCUUAGGGUUGUGCUGAGGAAGUUGAGGAAGUACUGGGGGUACUCUGGGUAGGGAGGGGGUAAUCGUUAAUGUGUAUGUAUGCUUGGAUGGGGAAUUUUUGGUAGGUACGCGGCCGUGGAUAGUUACUUAAUCAUUAAUAAUAAUUGAGCCCGUAACACUCUAA